CCUGGGUCACGUGCCUCUAGAUUAACUGAAGGUCGUGAGGAAGAAGCAACCUUUUUUGUGACCGGGCUUAUAUUUCGGCCGUCAUGUUGAUUAGCAGCGUUCGUCGUUUCGGCACCUCCGCCCUUCGGCGGAUGCAUUACGAGGACGGGCCGGGAAAGAACCUCCCAUUCUCUGUUGAAAACAAAUGGAAAUUGUUAUUCGGAACCUUUAUCUUUACCCUAACUGGUAUUGGUGGUCCCUGUUUUAUUGUAAGGCAUCAGCUGCUUAAGCAGUGAAUAUGGGGUAAUUCCUACUUAUUUUCUUUU